AUGUGGGCCCUAAGGUGUCGCCAGUUCUGGUCUUGCUGGGAGCAGGUGGCAGCGCUGCUGCUGCUACUGCUGCUGCUCGGGGGUGCCCCCCCGCGAAGCCUGGCGCUGCCACCCAUCCGCUAUUCCCACGCUGGUAUCUGCCCCAACGACAUGAAUCCCAACCUCUGGGUGGACGCACAGAGCACCUGCAGGCGGGAGUGUCAGACGGACCAGGAGUGUGAGGCCUAUGAGAAGUGCUGCCCCAAUGUGUGUGGGACCAAGAGCUGUGUGGCGGCCCGCUACAUGGACGUGAAAGGGAAGAAGGGCCCAGUGGGCAUGCCCAAGGAGGCCACAUGUGACCACUUCAUGUGUCUGCAGCAGGGCUCUGAGUGUGACAUCUGGGACGGCCAGCCUGUGUGUAAGUGCAAAGACCGCUGUGAGAAGGAGCCCAGCUUUACCUGCGCCUCGGACGGUCUCACCUACUAUAACCGCUGCUACAUGGAUGCCGAGGCCUGCUCCAAAGGCAUCAGCCUGGCCGUUGUAACCUGCCGCUAUCACUUCACCUGGCCCAACACCAGUCCCCCACCAUCUGAGACCACCAUGCACCCCACCACAGCCUCCCCAGAGACCCCUGAGCUGGACAUGGCGGCCCCGGCGCUGCUCAACCACCCUGUGCACCAGUCAGUCACCAUGGGUGAGACGGUGAGCUUCCUCUGUGAUGUGGUGGGCCGGCCCCGGCCUGAGAUCACCUGGGAGAAGCAGUUGGAGGAUCGGGAGAACGUGGUCAUGCGGCCCAACCAUGUGCGUGGCAACGUGGUGGUCACUAACAUUGCCCAGCUGGUCAUCUAUAACGCCCAGCUGCAGGAUGCUGGGAUCUACACCUGCACGGCCCGGAACGCGGCCGGGGUCCUGAGGGCCGACUUCCCACUGUCGGUGGUCAGGGGACAUCAGGCUGCGGCCACCUCAGAGAGCAGCCCUAAUGGCACGGCGUUCCCGGCAGCCGAGUGCCUGAAGCCCCCCGACAGCGAGGACUGUGGUGAAGAGCAGACCCGCUGGCACUUUGACGCCCAGGCCAACAACUGCCACUUCACCUUUGGCCACUGCCACCGCAACCUCAACCACUUUGAGACCUGA